AUGACAGGAGAACCGCCGUUGUUUCACUCAUGGAGUCAUACGCAUUCGAUAAUCUCCACUAUUGCAUUUCCACAACAUAAAAUAUUGUUUGCCGGUACUCAUGAUUCAAAGAUUUUAUGUUUUGAUCUAACAACGUAUAAUUUAAUUAAGACUGUGAAAGUUAAUGAAGAUUCUGAUGAUGGUUUUGAUACAAAAGCUAGCGUCUUAUGUCUAGCCAAAUCAGAGGAUGAAAAGUACCUUUUUAGCGCAGGAACCGACUCAAUCGUGCGCGUAUGGUCAGUUGGAUGUGUUUUAAAAGAUUUCUCAAUCCGGAUCCAGAACAUAGCUGUGAUUUACUCAGUUAUGGAUAUUGGUGAUAUUUUUUCGGUCAAAUACGUCGACUCAUUGGAUACGUUGAUAUUUGGCUGCCAGAAUGCGUCAAUGCUGUAUAUUAAUAAUUUCUUGGCAUCGGACGACUCUUCGCUUUCGGAGCAUAAUUUUAAGAAACUACCCCAUGUGAGGUAUAGUAAGUUUUUCGACUCAACUGGGCUUACUGGUUAUAAUAAGUGCUGCCCUACAAGGGGAGGGAGUCCUCUGUCCAGCGAUGCGAAAUGCAUUAUACAGGCAGUUCCAUCAGACAAAAUUAUCACGUAUGCGCACAAUGGUUUUAUUUAUUCGAUUACUCGUAUCGAGAACUUUGAAAAACCGUUUUCGGUGCUAUUUAAGCCAUAUUCUUUAGAUCGUAAGACGGCCUUUUUUGUCUCAAGCGGUGGUGAUGGAAUCUCCAAGAUCUGGGCACUUACGACACCCCAUCUAGAUUCUAUCUGCGAUGUUCGUGUGAACCUUAUUAAAGAGCUGGAUAAUGAAGAAACGGUAUUUAGCCAGUUUGUUGAGUUCCCUUUUCUAUAUUGUGGUCUUGAGUCAGGCCUAAUCAAGAUAUGGGACCUAAAUACGGGCCAGCUAAUUACAAAACUCAAGACGAACGAUGACAACGAUAUAAUGGCAAUUGCUGUUUAUAAUGACCAUGUAUUUGCUGCUCAUGAGAACCGCAUUACAAAAUUCUACCAGGGCGAAAUGCAAGAGUGGAAUGUUCAUGACGGUCUCGUUUUAAGUUGCGAGCUUCUCAGGAAAUGCCACACAGGUAACAAGGUUGAUAGGCUCAUUACAGGGGGCACAAAUGGUACUCUAGCGUUAUGGAACAUUGAUGAAUUGGUAAAUGAUAGCAAACCGGACGAAAAUGAAGAGGAACAAGGUGCUGGAACGCCUGAUACUACGGACAAAGCGUCGCAUGCUUUGAUGGCAUAUCGGAGAGCAAAGCUUGAUAACGACCACAUGCUAGAGAUGCUACAGGAGUUUGUGGGCUAUCAAACGGUUUCCCAGAACCCGGACUCCAGAAAUGUCAUUGAUGGUAGGCGCUGCGCAACAUUUUUGCAGGAUCUAUUUGUCAAGUUCGGAGCACAUACGUGCGAACAACUCCCUGCAGGUAAUGGCGGAAAUCCAGUCGUUGUUGCUUUUUUCAAAAGCCAGGCUGAAAAUCCGAAAAGUAUUCUCUGGUAUGGCCAUUACGAUGUUGUAGGGGUUAGUGAUCCUUCUUCAUGGAAUACUGAACCGUUCACUCUGGUCUGCGAGGAUGGCUACUUAAAAGGUCGCGGUGUUAGUGACAAUAAAGGGCCGCUUCUCUCGGCCGUUUACAGCGCAGCUGAUCUCACUCAGAAGGGUGAGCUCAAAAACAAUAUUGUUUUCCUUAUAGAGGGUCAGGAAGAGAACGGCUCGAGUUGUUUACGUAAGAUCAUAGAAGAGAACCCGGAUGUUCUCAAUGUUAAAAUUGAUUGGAUAUUGUUCAGCAACUCCUAUUGGCUAGAUCAAAAGGUUCCUUGCUUGAAUUACGGACACCGAGGCGUAAUGAAUGCCCAGGUUACCGUUUUCUCCGACGAACCCAACAGGCACACCGGUGUUGACGGCGGUGUGCACAGAGAACCUACUGCUGAUCUGAUCAACAUAGUGUCGAAACUUACCGACGAUCGGGGGCACAUACAGAUCCCCGGCUUUUACGACUCGUUAAAAGAAGUCAGUGACAAUGAACUUGCAAAAUUCAAAGAAAUUGUCAACCGUGCGGAACUCGCCGGCGGCAUAACCGUUGAGCAGCUCGUUGCAAAGUGGACAAAGCCAAGCUUAUCACUUACAAACAUUCAGACAACCGUUCCGGGUGUCACCGUCAUAUCGCAAAAAGCUUCUCUAGUCGUCUCGAUCAGACUGGUUCCCGACCAAAAUCCAACCCAGGUCAAGGAAUCACUGAUCCAGUUUUUACAAGAUGCCUUCAAAUCGUUAAACACAUCUAACCACCUAGAGCUAGAGGUUCUAAAUAUCGCAGAGCCAUGGCUAGGAAAUCCACACAAUAGAUGUUACAAACUACUAAGAGAAGAAAUACACAAUACCUGGGGCAGUGACCCACUCUUUAUUAGAGAAGGCGGCUCUAUACCAUGCAUAAGAUUCCUGGAAUCCCAUUUCAACGCUCCCGUUGCCCAGAUUCCAUGUGGCCAAUCAACUGACAACGCUCAUUUAGACAAUGAAAACCUGAAAAUAAAGAAUUGGGCCAAUAUGAGAAAAAUUGUUACCAAAGUAUUCAAUAGACUCUAG